UUGUGCGUAUGCGUUCCCGAACCUGACACAAACCUGAUGCUUCUCCCGCUUUCUCAAAAUUCCCUCCCCUCUCUUGUCAUCAUCCACCCACCCUCUCCUGUGAUUGAGCGAAAACCUUGUUCACGCGCGCGCGUUCCCAACCGGCGCGAGUGGGGAGCUGUCCAGCAAGCGAUUUGAAGUAGUCUUCUUGCCCGGCAAGUGCGGUCUCUUGUCUGUCCAGGAAUGAGAAGUGAUGGCCGGCUCUGCAACUGAGGAGAAAACCUUCCGAAGGUUCUUGGAGCUCUUCCUCCGAGAGAUGAGACCACCACUCCAGGAGAACGACCCUGUCCCAAUGCGCCCUUUGUCUGACCUCACCUCGGAGGACGAAGUUGAAGGGGAAUGCCUCGAUAUGUGUCUUCAGCACCUGUGCAAAUAUAACUGCCCCUUCUCCCUGGCGGCUGCCCUGGCGCGGGCUACAGCAGACAGUGUUCUGCAGAGUGACCUCUCCAUCUACCACAUCCAGAAGACCGUUGAGGAUGGAGUAGACCCUUUCCCCCAGAUUGAGUCGGUGGCCUUUGCCCGGCUCAUCUUCAAUAAGUUGUGUGAAACAUGCUGCCUGUGGCUGAAAGACUUCCCUUACCGCCGCCGGCCUCAGCCCUACUACGAGACCUCCAUCCACGCCAUCAAAAACAUGCGCCGCAAGAUGGAGGACAAACACAUCGUCAUCCCCGACUUCAACACCCUCUUCAACAUACAGGACCAGGAGGAGCAGGCCUUCUUCGCCGUGUUCGAUGGCCAUGGGGGCGUGGACGCCGCCAUCUACGCCGCCAACCACCUCCACGUCAAUAUGGUGCACCAGGAGUGCUUCAGCCAAGAUCCGGGGGAGGCCCUGUGUCGCGCCUUCAGAGUCACCGAUGAACGCUUCAUCCGUAAAGCUAAGAUGGAGAACCUGCGCUGCGGCACCACGGGGGUGGUGACCUUCCUGAGGGGACGGACCCUGUAUGUGGCCUGGCUAGGGGACUCUCAGGUCAUGCUGGUCAAGAAGGGCCAGGCCGUGGAACUGAUGAAGCCUCACAAGCCUGACAGAGAGGAUGAGAAGCAGCGUAUUGAGGCUCUGGGAGGCUGUGUCAUCUGGUUCGGCACGUGGAGGGUUAAUGGCAGCCUGUCCGUAUCCAGAGCCAUAGGCGACAAUGAGCACAAGCCCUACAUCUCUGGCGUUGCUGACCAACACAUCGUCCCAUUGGACGGCACGGAGGACUACCUGAUUCUGGCCUGCGACGGCUUCUAUGACACAGUCAGCCCCGACGAGGCGGUGCGUGUGGUCAGCGACCACCUGACGGAGAACAGCGGCGACAGCACCAUGGUGGCCCACAAGCUGGUGGCCUCGGCCCGUGACGCCGGCUCCAGCGACAACAUCUCAGUCAUUGUGGUCUUCCUCAGAGACCUCCGCGCGCCCCCACCGGGAGAGGAGGACGAAGAGGGGGAGGAGGUGGAGGAGGAAGGUCAAGGGGAGAUGGGCUGCCAGGACGGGGGCACCACGGACGUUGGGGGGAAGGGUCAUUGUUUCCUGCAGCAGUGCUCGGCUCCAGCCGACCUGGGUUAUGAAGACCGCACGGACUCGUUGACAGACAGAACCAGCCUAGGCCUGCUGGGGCCCAUGCUGGGAGAGGAUGGUCGGAUCAGGCUCCCCCCUGCCUGCUCACACCCUACCCCCUCCUUAGCCCUCACCCAGAACCUCAUGCCUGCCGAGGGCCAUGGGGCGGCCUGGUUGCCCUGCCUAGAGGAGGGGCUCCAGGGCUCCAGGCACAAGCCCCAGGCUAAACCCUGUGUCCCCGCCUGCCAGGAGCCCAGCUCAGACGGACAAUGGCCCCUGGCGGCCGCCCUGUUUGGCCACGCGGGGAGGCGCACCCGGAGGAUGGAGUGCGUGAGCCCCAGGUGGGGGUGGGUGUCCCGGCGUUGGGGCCGUGCCCCCAGGGAGCUCCCCGGCCUGCUGCACUCCACCCGUAGUGUGCCCUACCCCCAGCGCUGCCCCGAGAGGAGGCCCGGGGUGGCCCUGCCCCACCUGCCCCACGGCAGCAGAAUCUGAUGAUGUGACCUAAUCUCCACUAGCUCCUCGAUCUCCUGCCCCUUCCUCUAUCUGACUACAGUCAUUAUUUCAUUCAUCCAUCCAUCAUGAGUUCCUCAUCCAGGACAUGGCUCCGCACCCAUGCCCACACAGCCCCAUUCAGGAGGCAAUCUACCUACCCCUCCCCAUACCCACACAGCCCCAUUCAGGAGGCAAUCUACCUACCCCUCCCCAUACCCACACAGCCCCAUUCAGGAGGCAAUCUACCUACCCCUCCCCAUACCCACACAGCCCCAUUCAGGAGGCAAUCAACCUACCCCUCCCCAUACCCACACAGCCCCAUUCAGGAGGCAAUCAACCUACCCCUCCCCAUACCCACACAGCCCCAUUCAGGAGGCAAUCUACCUACCCCUCCCCAUACCCACACAGCCCCAUUCAGGAGGCAAUCUACCUACCCCUCCCCAUACCCACACAGCCCCAUUCAGGAAGCAAUCUACCUACCUACCCCUCCCCAUACCCACACAGCCCCAUUCAGGAGGCAAUAACAAUUCUUGCACCUGGCCCGUAUUGCAAACACACACUGUACUGUACUUUCCGAUUCAUAAUGGAAAACACAUUAUCCGCCCACUCUAUCUACAUAGAUGGGAGUACUUAAUACAGGAUUAUAAGUAGUGGUCACUUACCUGAAUAAAUCCAACAUAUAUAGAUUAAUAUGUAUUCCAGAUGGGAGUACAAUAGAGGAUAAUGGCAUGUAGAAGGGAUAUUAUUAACAAAUGAUAUUCUAUUUAUAAUUUUGGGGAUGACGUCAUCCAAGAGCAGACAUUAGUCAGUCCUUGCCAUGCCUGUCAAAUUGAGUUAACGUUUACAUAAAACUAAACACGAGAUGUGUUCUCAUUGACAAUAAAUCCUUCCCAACAGGCUGGGUGUGAAUAAGUUGCCAGACUUACUUGGCCAAGAUAGUUCAGACGACUCAGCAGAACAUGUGCCUUCCCUAAAUAAGAAAAAGUUUAUGGGAAUUUUGAGCCUCAGUCAACAAAACCCUUUCUAAGCUUCCCAUCACAAUAUGGACCCGUGUGUUUCAUAUCGCUUACAGAGGCUACUCAACCAACAACUAUCCUGCUUUUUAAAUUCACUAACAACAAUAGAGCAUAAGAAUGGUGAAUGCCAAAGACUUCAUCUCUGGUUUGACAAAUAUAGUAAAUUAAUCUUAAUCUCACCAUCCUUUCAAAUAUGAAUGUUUAUUUUAUAUUGAAACUCCAUAGAAGAUGCUAUAUACUGUAGCAAUGACUAGGUUCUGUAAAAUGUGCCUCCAUUCUCCUGGCCCAGGCAACCGUUGUUUAAUAUAUAUCAAAGACAGUUCAGUCUUGCUGUUGGAAAAACUCCCAAUCUUUUCACCUUUAAGAAAACAGGAAUUGUUUGUGCCAUUCCUGACAUUUUUAACUCUUACUAACACAUUGUGCCAUUUCCACACUUUUUUUUCUUCCUAACAUACCCCCCCUGCCCUCCCCAAUCCCACUGAGUUCCCAGGAGCAGGAGACAAGGACACAGGGUAUGAGUGGCCAAAUCCCCUCACUGACCCACAGUCACACAGAGAAAUACCCCCAGCCAGUCAGUCAGUUCCCAGUCACUGUCAUUGCUUACUGCUACCCUGAAACACCUAGCCGUUGGUCGCCUGGUGGCCUCCCCACUGAAGAACAUGGUGGUCAUUUACAGAAGGCCAUUUGGACAGUCAUCAUGAAAGAUCCCCAGAAAGUAGAAUGUAUUCCAGUUGUAGAAUGUACAUGGAGCUCUCCCGGGACCUUCAUAGAUGGGCCAGUAGGACUGAGACAGUAAUGGGGUUUUUGGACUGUGGAUGUAAGACAAGCGUUUCUGGAUGCAGUACACCUGGAGGAUACACUAUUCUGGAGGCGUUUGUUGAUCGUGAGAUACUUUAUCAGCUAUCCACCGUAUCCUCGCAAAUCUGAGCAUUCUAUCCUGGUGUUCCACUCUGAGAGAGCAGGAUGUGGAUAAGCACACUGACUCUCGGGCAGAAAGAUGCCCAUGCUUCUGUACCUUUCCCUUUGCAUAAGCAACACCUGCAUUUUGACUCUUGGAACAGCGGACCACACAAAUUGACAUUUUCUGACCAAUUAUGAAAGACAACCAGAAAGUUGAAUAUAUAAGGGUAGUUAUCAAAUGCCCCGAGUCCCCCCAACUUCAUCCCCCUACCCACAUCACCUGCUUUUUCAAAGCUUUCUGCUUCUUUUGGAGAGCAAAAAAAACGCACAUCUUUCCCAUCCUAAAUGUUCCUCGGACGGGGCACCAAUUGCUUAUUGGAAUUGAUCGUAAAUUCACAUAUUAUGUACAUGUAGGUAUGAAUGUGUGCAGGCGUACGUGUGGGUGUGUGUAUAUGUGUUGAGGGUAUUCAUGUGGUCUGUCUUAUAAGUCUACUAUUUAAAAUCACCACUGUAAAGUCAGCAGGAUGGUGGAACAAUAUUCUGUGUUGAUAUCAAGCUUCACAGCCCCCAGCACUCUACUGUACUUUUCAUGUGACACCUUUGGAAGUAGAGUUGUGUACUUUAGCAGUGCUUGAGUGACAAGGGAAGAUGGGAAUUCAAAUGCUGGGCCACAUUUCCACUGAAAUGUCAAAAUGGUCCCCCACCUCACAGUCCUCUAACGCUGCAGUCGUUUAUAAGACGCUGAACCUUCAAGCCAUAAACAUAAAAGUGUAUGCUAUAAUUCCCCAGCUAAACUUGCUUGUUCACAUAUCCCAUAGUUCCUCUCUCUCUCAUCCACUUCUGCGGUAUGACCCUUCCCUUCUACCCCCCCAUGUCUAUAUGACCCUUCCCUUCUACCCCCCCAUGUCUAUAUGACCCUUCCCUUUUACCCCAUCAUGCCAGUAUGACCCUUCCCUUCUACCCCCCCAUGUCUAUAUGACCCUUCCCUUUUACCCCCCAUGCCAGUAUGACCCUUCCCUUUUACCCCAUCAUGCCAGUAUGACCCUUCCCUUUUAACCCCCAUGCCAGUAUGACCCUUCCCUUUUACCCCACAUGCCAGUAUGACCCUUCCCUUUUAACCCCCAUGCCAGUAUGACCCUUCCCUUCUACCCCCCCAUGCCAGUAUGACCCUUCCCUUCUACCCCCCAUGCCAGUAUGACCCUUCCCUUUUACCCCCCAUGCCAGUAUGACCCUUCCCUUUUAACCUCCAUGCCAGUAUGACCCUUCCCUUCUACCCCCCCAUGCCAGUAUGACCCUUCCCUUUUACCCCAUCAUGCCAGUAUGACCCUUCCCUUUUACCCCCCAUGCCAGUAUGACCCUUCCCUUUUAACCUCCAUGCCAGUAUGACCCUUCCCUUCUACCCCCCAUGCCAGUAUGACCCUUCCCUUUUACCCCCCAUGCCAGUAUGACCCUUCCCUUCUACCCCCCAUGCCAGUAUGACCCUUCCCUU